UCAAACAAAUUUUCAGUGAUAUAAGAAUUACGAUAUAAUUUUAAAAUGGCUUUCGCAAAAAUGAUUAUGUUUUCACUUGCUGCAGCUACCAUAAUCUCCAUGGCAUCUGCUAUCUCUGGAACCGCCACUUACUACGGCCCUCUCGUUCCAUCAUCAUGCUACGGUUACCAAGACAAAGGCCAGAUGGUAGCAGCUGCAAAUCCUGCACUGUUCAACAAUCGUGCAGCCUGCGGGCAAAGGUACACAAUACGGUGCACCGGAGCUACCAACCUAGGGGUGCCGCAGCCAUGCCGCAACGGCCCCAUCACUGUCACCAUCGUUGAUCUUUGCCCUGGUUGCGCCACCAACCAGAUCGAUCUGUCUGAGCAUGCUUUCAACCUAAUUGCUGACCCUAAAGCGGGAAAAAUCCGAAUUGAAUAUAGCCGGGUUCCAUGAAUUUAUGAGCGGGGAGUAGAAGAAUGUUUAUUUCAGUUACCAAUAAUAAGAUCUACUAAUAUAUACUCAUAUAAUUUCCUCCCCAAUAAAGUCUGUGUUCCUGGUGAAUGCUUAUUUUACUAGACUUGUUGAAUAAAGGGCAGGGUUGGCCUUUGAUUAUAAUGACAACUUUUACUAGUCUCUUUAUCUAAAAUUAAGAUUAUAAUGUUGUUUAUUUUAUUUA